AUGGGUACAAAUAUUAAAGAAGACUUUCCAGAAUCAAAAGAUUACAUCCUGAAAACUGAAGAGUUUGAUGAUCUAACGGAGAGUAUGUUCGAUGGGAACGAGAAAAAACCUCUGGAAGAUGCUCUAUUGGCUGAUCCAGAUAACUGUGGCAUGUGUGGAGGUCAAUUGGUGGUUCCUCGCAUGCUGCACUGUUUACAUGUGUUCUGUGAGGAAUGCUUGGAUAAAAAACUUGUUGGUGAAGCUGGAGAUGCAGGAUCUGCUGAUACUUUUAUUGAUUGUCCAACUUGCAGUCAUAUUACAAUGGUAGGUACCAAAAAACUGGCGGUUCUUCCUUUGGAUGUGACAAAAACCAACAUCUCUGAUGUCUCUAAUUCCUCCAAUUUGCACUGCACCUCAUGCACAGCCAAAGAGUUGGCCAAAUCUAGAUGCAACACGUGCCACAACUUGCUGUGCAACAACUGUGACACAGCUCACCAUUUCAUGCGUUGUUUUGAGGCUCAUAAAGUGGUUGCUCUUGAAGAUAUGAGAAAAGAUGGCACUAGGAUUACAGUACAUAAGCCAUUGGAGUGUGAUGUUCACAAAGGCGAGAAUAUUAUUUAUUACUGCACUGGGUGUAAUGCUACUGCUUGCUCUGAAUGCACUAAAAGUGAACACAAAGGUCACCAGUGUGAGGGAAUUCUAGAUUCAGAGAUGAGGGUACACCAGGAGAUUGAGGGGUUGCUGGAGAAGAGCAGGGAGAAAAUUGACCAACUCAUGAAAGUGACUGUCAGAUUAGACAAUAACAUGGAAGAGCUGGCACACCAGCGUAGUACAGCUAGGGAUCUCAUCAAUGAAUCAUAUCAAAGCUACAAGGCUGUCCUGGAGAAAUGCAGAGACGAGGCUCUCGAAGAUCUGAACAAGCUGUACCACGAGCGCGAACUGAAGAUCAUGAAGGAGUCCGACGAGCUGGGCAAGACCAUCGACAACAUGGAGGACGCUUGCAGGUACACGGCCAGGUUGCUGGAGAACGGCACGGUUCCCGAGAAGAUGUACCUGCGCAAAGUUGUGGCUUCCAGAUUGACGGCUCUCAACGGCAAGUCUCCCAAGGUGGAAAAAUGCCUAAGCAUCGAAUUCAAAUCGGACUUCGCCAGCUUCGAGCACUGCGCCCGCGACCAAUUCGGCCGAUUCUCCACCGAACGCGACCCCGCGAAGCCCUCGGGCCCCCCCGUCUUGCCGCCGCUCGUCAUCAACGGCACGUCGCCAUCGGGCGCGCCCACCCCCAUCGUGGGCAACGGGGGUGGGGGAGGAGGCGCCGCCUCCGUCACGAACAGCAGCCCCAUCUCGAUGGCAGCGUCGAUGCAGUCGUCGUUCGACGGGGAGUUGGGCGGCAAUUUGCAGGGGUUCGCCUUGGCGCAGACGCCGCCUUUGCCGCACGUCAAUGCCGCCGCCAUGCAAGGAUUUUCGAGCAUCGCCGAGUACAAUUUGGCCCAACUAGCCACCCUGGCCGAGACUUCGCACAGCGCCGCCACGAGCCCCACUCCGGCCGGAUUCAACCUGGCCGAUCUGCUCACCAACGACACCGCCUACAAGAAUUUGGCCUCGUUGGCCAAGUUGGGACUCACCGCCGCCGAUACCGUGCCGAACAACAACAACAUGCUGGCCCGCUCCACCUCCGCCGCCUCUCUCAACCUCACCAACAACCUCAUAAACGGUUUCGGCGGCGGCGUCUCCGCAUCGACCUCCCCCCUUCUAUCCACUCCGGACGACCUCGUCCCCGAUCCCCUCACCAACAUUCUUCCCCCCGCAGGACCCCCCUCCGCUACCGGGGGAGCGGCGCCCCCCUCGUCGGUGGCCCGCAGCAACAAGGUGAGCCCCAUGCAGAUCCGGUGCAAGUUCGGCCAGCUGGGACCGAGCAAGGGCCAGUUCAAUUCGCCGCACGGGUUCUGUUUGGGUUUGGAGGAGGAUAUCAUCGUGGCCGAUACCAACAAUCAUCGCAUUCAGGUGUUUGAGAAAACCGGCACAUUCAAAUUCCAAUUCGGCAUACCGGGAAAGGACGAGGGCCAGCUGUGGUAUCCGCGCAAAGUAGCGGUCAUGCGCACCACCGGCAAAUACGUGGUCUGCGACAGGGGCAACGAGCGUUCGCGCAUGCAAAUCUUCACGAAGAACGGCCAUUUCCUCAAGAAAAUCGCCAUCCGCUACAUCGACAUCGUCGCAGGACUGGCGGUCACCACUCAUGGCGAGAUCGUUGCAGUUGACAGCGUCAGUCCUACCGUCUUCAUCAUCGGAGAGAGCGGGGACCUGUUGCGCUGGUUCGACUGCAGCGAUUAUAUGAGAGAGCCCUCCGACAUCGCCAUACACGGGAAGGAGUUUUAUGUAUGCGACUUCAAGGGUCACAAUGUGGUGGUGUUCAGCGAGGAGGGUCACUACCUGCGUAGAAUCGGCUGCGAGAAUCUCACCAAUUUCCCCAAUGGCAUUGACAUUUCCGAUGCUGGAGACGUCCUCAUCGGCGAUUCGCACGGAAACAGAUUCCACGUCGCCGUAUUUUCGCGUGACGGUUCUUUGAUAUCUGAAUUCGAGUGCCCUUACGUCAAGGUGUCUCGUUGCUGUGGCCUGAAGAUCACUUCGGAGGGUUACGUAGUUACCUUGGCCAAAAACAACCAUCACGUGCUGGUCCUGAACACCCUGUACAUCUUGUGA